AGGACACACAGGCCUGGAUGGAGAUUAGCUUUGCCAACAAGAACUGGCCAGUAGGCAGAUUUAGCGCAGUAGCUGGAAUAUGAUUGCGUUCAGAAUAAUUGAAUAUGCAAAAGUGAUUUUUUUUUAAUGGUUGUAUGACAGUUUUUAAAAGAUUAAGAUCCUGUUCUUUUAAGUAAGAUUUUUCUUAUAAUGUUAAAUAGUGUUGAAAAAGAAAAAGUAGGCGGGAGCCCAGAGCGAGGCGCACAGCGGAGGAGUUGGGAUCCGGCGCAAAAGUUUCCUCCCAACUGCGGCCCCGCGCGCCACCGCCAGGGCCAGGGCCGGGGCCCUAAACCGCGGCGUCCCCGGCCCCCCGCCACCUGGGGGGUCGCCCUCCCCGCUGCCGCCUCCUCUCCGAUUCCCGCCUGCCCAGGGCCAAGGGGCUCUGCUGCGAGCCCCCGGCCCGGAGGGGCGCCCCGGGGUCUCUGUGUCCGCCCACGCCCGCCGGCCCAGACAGCUGUUCGGCCCAGCCCAGCCCGGUCGCCGGGGGCCGGGAUGAAAGUGACCGUGCGCCUCGGCAGGACCGGCACCGUGGUGCCCUGCAAGGAGGGCCAGAUGCGCGUCCGGGAGCUCACGCAGCAGGCGCUGCAGCGGUACCUGAAGACCCGGGAGAAGGGAAAAAGGAAUCAGAAGCUCUGAGAACACUGCGCUUUACUCUCCCACAUGGCAACCAUCAGUUGGAGCUGAGGACACCUCUUUAGAAGGAAUCAUUGUGCUGUAGUCUCUCCAUUAUCACCUUUCCCAGCACAUGACUGUGCCCCCAGUACUGUUUCCUUGUGUGCUGGCGCCUCAGGGUUCUGGCCUUUCAAUCGGAUCUCAUCCAUUCCAUGGCUUCAGCUACCCUCAAGCACACACCUCUAGCCUUGAACUUGCUAGAACUCAAUAUCCACCAGCCCGUGGACUUCACCUCCUUGAUGUCCCAUAUACAGUUCGAGCCCAGCCUGUUCUCUGUACAUCUGCUCAUCCCCAUUCUCCUGUAGCCUGUUUCUCCAUUUCUGGUGCCACCAUUCACCUGGUUAUCUAAUCCAGAAACCUGGAAAUCCUUCAUUCCUUGAUGACCUCUCAUCCUCCAUAUUCUACCACUUGUCUAGUUGGUCAGAAAGUUCCUUUGAUGCUUCCACGCGCUCUUUGAUCUGCUUCCUCUUUUCUGCGCCAAACCUUGCGUUUCUCAUUCCUACCAUGGGGAACUGCAGCAGACCAGUUAACUGGCCUUUCUGCCUUUUCUAGCUCCCAACUCUUCCAGACUGUUCUCCAUUGAGGACUUUACAGCUGCAGAUCUGAUCAUGUCUGGAGUAUUGCUGGGAGUAUUUGAAUGGCUCUACAUUGCUUUUAGGUGAAAACCCACUUUGCUUACCGGUCCAGUACCUUCUCUAUUCCACUGUACCCUUUAAAUUGGUACAUGCAAUGUAGUAUUCUGUCACAU